AUGCUCAGGGCCUUGGGAGAGGAAGGUGUUGAUCUCCCGAGACGGAAUGUCUCGGGAACACUUGGAGGCUCACAACAUCGUACAAUUAGUCUAAUGUCGCAUAUUCCUAAACCUCUACUGAAAAUCAUCCUGCAGGGGACCAGAAGACAACUCUCCCCGAAAUACCAGAGACCCAUUAUCGUGCGGGAGAUUGAAGAUCACCAGGAGGGAAUCGUUAUCAGUGCUUGCAAGAUCAGCAACCUUCGUUAUGCAGAUGAUUCAGUUCUCAUGGACACAUCUGAAGAAAACAAAAUGCAUGGUAGUUUAGAAGCCAGAGGUUCCACCAACUUGUCCAUGAAACAAGGAGAAAUAAAAAUCCAACAGGUCUCCUCCUUUAGUUAUUUAGGAGCUUUUGUCAUCUCUGAUGCUCGUUGCCAGGACGAAAUCAGACGCAGAAUCUGA